CGACAACAAACAGCCGACACAAGGUAGCCUGCCUGGGGAAUUGGCUGCUUUCAACAUAUAUUUCCCCCCAAUUACUUCACUUCCCCUCUGGCUGGAUACCGUCAACUUCCAGCAUUUCUCCGCUCUUCCCGUCACUCCUUAUCCUCCUUUUAUCUUAUUUAACCCCGUUAACCUGCGUGUGUGAAGCGUCUCCCUCUCACAAUGGACGAUUCGAUGAUGGAUUCCGUUUUUGAAGACGAAGGAAGCUCCGACUUCAUCCCCGAGCCCGCGCCCAAGCCUAAGGCAAAGGCGGCUCCCAAGAAGACGGCUUCCAAGGCAGCACCUAAGAAACUCACACAGACCACUCUCACCGCAAAGCCCGCGACCAAGGCGAAGGCUGCUUCUAAGAAGCGUGCCAAACCGGACAGCGACGACGACGACAACAUGGACGAUGAUGACGACCACAUGUCGGACGACUCCAUGCUGUCUCACACCCCUCCCAAGAAGGCGAAGAAGUCGGCUGCCCCUUCCAAGAAGGGUGGUUCCCAGCCCCUCGCAGACUUGGAAAAUGAAUCAUUUGGAAUUGAAGGUUCCGCAGAGCCCUCAAAAAAGACCGAUGUAUCAGAGAAGUACCAGAAGCUUACACAACUUGAACACAUCAUCAAACGUCCGGAUACAUAUAUCGGUUCCACCGAACGUACGAAUCAGCAAAUGUGGGUAUACAGUUCGGAAACAGAGGGGAUGGAGUACCGUGAGGUCUCCUACGUGCCGGGUCUCUACAAAAUUUUCGAUGAAAUUGUCGUCAACGCGGCCGACAACAAACAGAAUGAUGCGAAUAUGAGUGAGAUACGCGUGACAGUUGACCGCGAGUCGGGUGUAAUCAGCGUCUGGAACAACGGCCGUGGUAUUCCUAUCGAGAUGCAUUCCAAGGAAGGAAUCUACGUCCCGGAGCUGAUUUUCGGUCACCUCCUGACCUCGUCCAACUACGACGACACGCAGCAAAAGGUCACGGGUGGUCGCAACGGUUUCGGUGCCAAGCUCUGUAACGUCUUCUCCACCGAGUUCACGAUAGAGACCCAGGACUCUCAUCAAAAAAAGAAGUACAAGCAGACGUGGACCGCCAACAUGACGAAGAUGGGCAAGGCCAAGAUCACUGAGGCGAAGGGAGAGGACUAUACCAAGAUUACAUUCCACCCAGACUACGACAAGUUCGGCAUGACAGGCAUGGACGAUGACUUCGAGGCCCUCAUCAAGCGCCGUGUUUACGAUCUGGCAGGUACCGCGAAGGUCAACGUCAAAUUGAACGGCACUCGCAUUCCAAUCCGCGGUUUCAAGAAGUAUAUGGAGAUGUACACCAAGGCUAUCCGCAGGGAACGCGGAGAUGAUGGCCCUGCGCCAAAGGACGAGAUCAUCACCUGCUCCCCAGACCCUCACUGGGAAGUUGGUUUUGCCGUCUCUGACGGCGCGUUUCAGCAGGUAUCCUUCGUGAACUCCAUCGCGACGACCUCCGGAGGUACCCACGUGAACUAUAUUGCCGACCAGAUCUGUGUCAAAUUGGCCGACCAAGUGAAGAAGAAGAACAAGAACGGUGCCACACUUAAGACGGCCCAAAUCAAGAACCACAUCUUUAUCUUUGUCAACGCGCUGAUUGUCAACCCGGCUUUCACCUCCCAAACCAAGGAACAACUCACCACAAAAAGUUCCCAGUUUGGUAGCAAAUGUGUUCUCGAUGAGGAUUUCUACAAGAAGGUGCUGAAGACCGAGGUCAUGUCGAACAUACUGCAUUUUGCACAACAAAAGGCCGACCAGAUGCUCAAGAAGACGGACGGUGGACGUCGUGCCCGCAUGAAUAAUCCCAAGCUGACGGAUGCCAACAAGGCAGGCACCAAAGACGGCCACCACUGCACGCUGAUUCUAACAGAAGGUGACUCGGCCAAGGGUCUGGCCAUGGCCGGACGAGCGGUGGUCGGCCCAGAUCUUUUCGGUGUCUUCCCGCUUCGAGGAAAGCUGCUGAACGUCCGUGAUGCCUCAUUUGACCAGAUCUCGAAGAACCAGGAAAUCCAGAACAUCAAGAACUUCCUGGGGUUGCAGCACAAGAAGGAGUACACCGAGACCCGCGGUCUUCGGUACGGCCACUUGAUGAUCAUGACUGAUCAAGAUCACGACGGCAGUCACAUCAAGGGUUUGCUCAUCAAUUUUCUUCAGGCUCAGUUUCCUAGUCUGCUCAAGAUCCCCGAGUUCUUGAUUGAGUUCAUCACCCCUAUCGUGAAAGUAUGGAAGGGUGAUCCGAAGAAUCCUUCCAAGCAGCGCUCGUUCUUCACUAUGCCGGAGUAUGAAGCGUGGAGGGAGGAGCACCAGCAUGAACGUGGUUGGGAUCACAAGUAUUACAAGGGUCUGGGUACUAGUACCACUGAGGAUGCUCAGGUCUACUUCCGCGAUUUGGACCGUCAUCUCAAGGAGUUCCACACCAUGCAGGAUAACGAGGCGGGGCUGAUCGAACUGGCUUUCUCGAAGAAGAAGGCCGAUGAGCGUAAGGAAUGGCUGCGGCAGUUCAAGCCCGGAACCUUCUUGGACCAUUCCGUUUCGAAGAUCACCUACACCGACUUUAUCAACAAGGAGCUCAUCUUGUUCAGUAUGGCGGACAACAUCCGUUCGAUUCCUUCUGUUGUGGACGGUCUGAAGCCUGGUCAGCGUAAGGUCCUAUACACCUGUUUCCGUCGCAACCUGAAGAAGGAUAUGAAGGUCGUUGAGUUGGCUGGACACGUCUCGGGAAUGACUGCAUACCAGCACGGUGACACUUCCUUGCAGCAGACCAUUGUCGGCCUCGCGCAAACCUUUGUCGGGUCCAACAAUGUUAACUGCCUGGAGCCCAGUGGUAACUUUGGUAGUCGUCUCCAAGGUGGUUCCGACUGUGCUAGUGCGCGUUAUAUUUACACGCGACUGUCUCCGUUCGCUCGCCGCAUCUUUCAGGCAUCAGACGAGCCUCUUUUGGCUUACAACACAGAUGAUGGCAAGACAAUUGAGCCCGAGGUUUACAUGCCGGUGGUUCCCAUGAUUUUGAUCAACGGUGCGGACGGUAUUGGAACCGGCUGGAGUUCCUCGAUUCCCAACUAUAACCCGGAGGAUAUCGUGGAUAAUUUGAAGCGACUGAUGGAAGGUGAGGAGAUCAAGCCCAUGCAGCCCUGGUUCCGGGGCUUCACAGGUGAGGUCACUGCCAUUGGCGGCGAUCGCUUCAAAUUUAGUGGUAUCAUCAAGGAGACCGGUGAGAAGGAGGUGGAGAUCACCGAACUGCCCAUCCGGACCUGGACUCAGGAUUUCAAGGAUAAACUUGAGGAUAUCAUCAAGGCGGAGAAGACACCAUCAUUCAUCAAGGACUACCGGGAUUAUAACACUCACACCAAAGUCCACUUUGUGAUUCAGAUGGACGAAAAGCACAUGAAGGCCGCCGUCGACGAAGGCUUGGAGGAUAAGUUCAAGCUGACGAAGACAAUCGCCACCACAAACCUGGUCGCUUUUGACCCAGAGGGCCGGAUCACCAAGUAUGCAACGGUCGACGACAUUCUCAAGGAGUUCUUCACGGUCCGUCUGAAAUUCUAUGAGCGCCGCAAGCAAUACCAACUCAAUGAAAUGCAGAAGGAGUUGGACAAGCUUAGCAACCAGGCCCGAUUCGUCCAGAUGAUCAUUGAUGGCGACCUGGUCGUGUCGAAGAAGAAGAAGAGCGCCCUGGUCGUGGAAUUGAAAGAAAAGGGUUUCAAGCCAAUCCCCAAGGUGGCGGAUGCCGCCAAAGCGGGCGAAGUUGAACCGGCGGCCGAGGACGAGGAGACGGAAGAAGUGGACGACACCGACAACCUUUCCGGCGCUUACGACUAUCUCCUUGGUAUGGCGAUCUGGUCGUUGACGCAGGAGCGCGUGGAGCGCCUCCGCCGCCAAAUCGGGGAUAAGGAGAUGGAGAUCGACGUCUUGAUCAAACUCUCCAAGGAGGAUAUCUGGAAGCAGGACCUGGACGACUUCAUCAACGAAUGGCGCUUCCAGCUUGAUGAUGAAGCUCGUCGCCUGCGCAAGGUGGCGAACAUGGGCCGUCGGACCUCCGCCAAGUUGAUGACGACGGCGGGCCGCGGCGGUGCUCGCAAGCGUAAGGCUGCUAAGGACGACGACUCGGAUGAUGAAGACUUCGGCGCACCCAAGACCAAACGGGGCCCGAAGAAGGCUGAGCCGAAGGGCACUCUCAGUAAUUUCUUGAAGAAACCUUCCCCCAAGCCUGUUGUGGACGAGGACAAUGACGAUGACUUUGACUUUGACAUGGAGGUCAUGCCGAAGAAGGACCGUGGCGCGACCAAGGCUGCACCCAAGGCGAAGGAGGAAGAAACGGGCGACUCGGACGAGGAGAUUGUGCCGAAGAAGAGUCGAGCCGCGCCCAAGGCCGCAGCCAAAGCCAAGGAAGAAGAGUCGGGUGAGUCGGAUGUGGAAAUCGUGCCGAAAAAGAGUCGGGCCGCGCCCAAGAAAGCGAAGACCGAGGAUACCGAUAGCUCGGAGGUAAAGAAGGCACCUAAGCGGGGUCGCCCAGCCGCCAAAGCGAAGGCUAAGCCAGUGGAAGAGGAAGACGCUCUGGACGACGACGAAUUCAUGGAAAUCACCAAGGCACAGGCCGCAGAGAAUGCCAGGGUCGAGCCGGAGCCCAGCCGAGCGCGCAAGCCAGCCAAGUACACGCUGAGCGAUUCUGAUAGUGACAAUGGCGAUGACCUACUCGGCGACGUGAGCAAGAUGGUCAAGGGUAUCGGCGGCACCGCAGGCGGAUCGACGUCGAAUUCCCGACAACUCUUCUCGGAGCGGUCAGGGCUCGGCAGCAGUUCGGGUCUGGCGACCAGCUCGAAGACCUUGAGGGAGUCUCCGGAAUUCGACGCGGACGAGACGGACUACAGCAAACUGGUACCAAAGAGCUCUCCGCGCCGGGCCCUGCAGGUCAAGUCGAAGGAGACGAAGAUGUUGGUUGACAGCGAGGACGAUGAGCCCGUGAAGCCGGCCGCUACCAAGGCCAAGCCGGCGGCCCGGGGCAAGGCCGCGGCUGCCAAACCGGCGGCCAAGCCGCGUGGCCGACCCAAGAAGGAUGCGACCACAGCCGUUUCCGCUAAGCAGACGACGCUGUCGCCGGCGGCCAAGGCGUACGCUUCCAAGCAGGCCAAGACCACCAGCAAGAAGAAGCAGUUGGCGGACGACUUGUCGGACGAUGACAUCGAUGCGAUGGCCAAUGACAUCCUGGACUCUCCCCCGGCGCCCAGUCGGCCAUCGCGGCGCACGGCGACCACCAAGAAGAAGACGUACGUGAUUGACGAUGACAGUGAGGACGAUGGUGGUGCGGGCGGAGAUUCGGCGGAUGAUUUUGAUGAUGACAGCGAGUAGGGGAAGGCGAUCAGCCUGGAGGGAAUAAUUUUGUUUCGUACUUGUUUAAUUAGUGCCACCUGGAUGCAAUAAUCAAGCAGUCUGUGCCGU